AUGUCUAACGUCUACUUCGACAUUACCAUCAACGGGCAGUCUGCGGGUCGCAUCGUCUUCAAGCUCUUCGACGAUGUCGUCCCCAAGACCGCCCGCAACUUCCGCGAGCUCUGCACCGGCCAAAACGGCUUCGGCUACGCCGGCUCCUCCUUCCACCGCGUCAUCCCUCAAUUCAUGCUUCAGGGAGGCGACUUCACUCGCGGUAACGGCACUGGCGGAAAAUCCAUCUACGGCGAGAAGUUCGCUGACGAGAACUUCCAGCUGAAGCAUACCAAGCCCGGUCUCCUUUCCAUGGCCAACGCAGGCAAGAACACCAACGGCUCCCAGUUCUUCAUCACCACUGUCGUUACUUCGUGGCUGGACGGCGCCCACGUCGUUUUCGGCGAGGUUGUCGAGGGCAUGAACAUCGUGAAGGAGAUCGAGAAGCUCGGCUCUUCGUCCGGAAAGCUUUCCAAGACCGUCACCAUCGCCGCCUCUGGCACUGUUUAA